AACCUCGAAUCACGCAUUUUGCUGUCGCUCUUGAUCUCCGUGUUUCGUCUGCCCCUUUUUCUACUGAAUGUCCAAAUUGGUGUGUUUUGAUUGCAGAGAUGGCGAAGUCGAAAAACCACACUGCACAUAACCAGUCGUACAAGGCCCACAAGAACGGCAUCAAAAAGCCUAAGAGGCAUCGCCAUACUUCCACCAAAGGGAUGGAUCCUAAGUUUCUGAGGAACCAGAGGUAUGCCAGGAAGCAUAACAACAAGAGUGCUGAAGCAGCCACGGAGGAAGAGUAAAGGGGCACUCUUCAUAGAGCUACCAUGAUUUUCCGUGAUAGAUUAAUUUUGUUGUUCUAGCUCUGUGUUUUUGUGGCUUUUUUUCGAAUUAAUAUAUCCUUUAUUAAUAUAAUAGUAUAGCGAACUUAACGUUUUCUCCUGGGUUUUGGUCAAUUCGAACACACGGCCGCUACCGUCGUAAUACAUCAUUGUUAUCUUCUUUAAAAACUAUUGUUCAAUUCGAUCAUCAUUUUGAUUUUCAA